AUGAUCGUUAAGAAAUCGUUCCCAGAUGCAACUUUUGGCAAUAUUUCAAAAAUCGUUGCAGCCGAAUGGGAUUCCCUCGGGAAACAUGAGAAAGAGGUAUGUUCCCAAACAGAUCUAUCAUGUCGUCUCAAUUCUAACCAGAUGUUUAGGCAAGCACGUUAA